GCGGAGGAGAGCAGCUUAGCAACACCGAGCGCAUGAGACCGUGAAUCGGUAGACCAGCUGAACGCUUCCCGGGCUGGUUCUUGUCAAUCUUACAUGGAAAGGGCGGAAAACCGAUAACCAACGCACCUCUGAAUACCCCCAACGUACAUUUUUCUGUGCCUAAGAGCUGUUUUUGGUGGGCACCACUAUCGUGUCGGCCGUACAAUUUCACUGGGAGGGAAAAGUCGCAGAUAUAUCGAUUUCUCCGACGCUAUGAAGUUCGUUGUGGUGCUGGUAUCAGCUGGAACGCUGGCCUUCCUCGGUGCGGUCAUCUGCAUCAUUGCGAGUGUCUACCCGAGAAAAGGUGGCGCCGCGUCUCUCACGGACAACGGCACACUGACCUCGGAGGCCCUGUUGCAGCCCCUCGGUACGGGCGCCGUUGCGCACGCUGGUCCGCUGGGCGCUCUCCACGGUUCUGAAUCCUACGAGGAUGGCGGCGGGCUGGGACUCGGUCUGAAGACUCCCGCUCUUAACGCGCUGAGUCCCGGGGAGAUGACGAGCAGCGGAGGGCCGAAACAGUUCAGCUUCAGCCGGCUCAUCUGCACUCCGAUCCCGGCCGGAGACUGCAGCACCAAGAACCUGAAUCAUCAAGCGGAAGACCCGUCUCUUUACGGUGAUGACUGGGGCUACCUCCGCACCACCGCAGACGAACUCCGGCAGAUGGUCAUGCAACAGAACGACCAGAUCCUCAUGGACCAGCGGACGAUCCGCGAGCUGAACGGGAAGCUGACCGAGUGCGAGAGCGACCUCGACGACCGGAACCUACCCGAGAGGAGUCUUGGGGUCUGGACAGGUAACCGCCGCCUCAUGGCCGGGGAUGAUGUGAGCUCAUCGGCCGCGGUGCAGCUGCAGACCGCUCGGGCUGUGGAGGAGUUGGAGAGGGCCAUCCUUGACUUGAAGGACCGAAUUGAGAAGCUGGAGUCGGAGAUAGGACCUGCUGCUCAUAACCACACCGACCCCUCCCUGACCCUCAGCAUGGGGUCAGGGGUCAUUAGCGCCAAAACGGGGGGCGUCUCCGCCACACCCCCUGCGAGACCUCCGGUACCCCCUGCCGCCCCUGCUUCCCCAGCCAAGGCCUCCCCUCCUGGGGGCUCCCCACGCGGAAAGACCCCCUGGAAGGUGGAGGACCUGGAGGGCGAGCUGGAGAGGAAGAUCCAGCAGCUGGAGGAGGAGAGGAAGACCAUGAGGACGGAGACCCACAGCCACCACCAGAAGAUCGACCAGGGGAUCGACACCCUGCAGCACCGCCUCACUCACCUGGAGAGCAGUGAGUAUGGAGAUCUCAGAUAUCUUUAG